UAGUCCAAAUCGGUGUCCCGAAGUUGGUAGAAGGCAAUGACCGAACUCUUCCGUUUGCCGGAGCCUCAACUCAACCGAAGAAGAGAAGGUGCUGCUGCAGUCUAGGCUGGCAACCACCGCUCCUCUUCGUCGUAAGAGAAGCCUGCUCAUCUUGCCCGGGAACAGAGUUGAUGCCGAUGGGUUCCAAACCGAGGUCGGUUCGGAACGCCAACCAGUCGCGAAGAUUCAGAUUCGUGCUUCUCAUCGUCGGAUGCCUUGUGGUCACCAUGACCUUCUUGGUGGUGUCUAAGCCUCAGACACUCUUUCUUUCCAACAUCGGUCUCGGCCCAUCGUUGCUUCCUCCGCAGUCGGAUCACGAUGCGGUGAAUGGCGAUGACCGUGGGAUACAGGGGAGUCACUCAGCUCCUGUAGGAAAGGAAGAUGCACAAAGUUCUCAGGUAUUAGAAAGCAACAAGGAGAAAGCAGAGGGAGGAGAAAAGAAUGUGAUUGUUGUUGAUUCAACUCCGAAUGAAGAGACGAACAUCCACAAACUACAAGAGACCAAAACCGAGACAGAGGAGAAUGGCAUGAGUAUAACUUCAGAUGAUCCUAGCUCGAAUCAACAAGAGACGCAUGAUAGACUCGCACUGCCAACCAUUUCGAACUACACCAUUAAUGAUCGCACUCAGGGAGAUGGCACGGUUGUUCUUGAGCACUCAGAUGGAGGCGAGCAGAUUCAAACUCCAGAGAGGAAGCCAUUAUGUGAUGAUUCAGACCGACGAACAGAUGUCUGCGAAAUGUAUGGUGAUGUUAGGAUUCCCGGGAACUCCUCAUCUAUCAUAUUCGUGGAAGCAUCGAAAACAGAGCAGAAAGAACUGUGGCAGAUUCAUCCUUAUCCUCGCAAGGGGGACGAGGCUUGCUUUAAAGGUGUCAGAGAACUCGCGGUCGAAGCAGGCAGUGAGGCCCCUCUAUGCACCGUCAACCACGAUGCUCCGGCCAUCGUGUUCUCCACUGGCGGAUAUGCCGGUAGCCUCUUCCAUGACUUCAGCGACCUGCUCGUUCCCCUCUUCCUGACCGCUCGUCCAUUCGACGGAGAGGUUCAGUUCGUGGUGACCGACUUCAAGAACUGGUGGAUCACCAAGUACCUUCCCGUGCUCCAGAAGCUGUCCAAGUAUCCGGCGAUCGACUUCGACAAGGACAAAGAAGUACACUGCUUCAAGCAGGUGAAGGUUGGUCUUCGAGCUCACAAUGAGUUCCACAUCGACCCUGCGAGAGCUCCCAAUGGCUACACCAUGCUCGACUUCACUAAGCUCACGAGGAGCGCCUUCUCGUUGGCGAGAGAAACACUGGUUAACAUCGAAGAUCUUUCCGUCAGGAAGCCGAAGCUGUUGAUCAUUGCGAGGAAGCAGUCACGAGCAUUCACGAACAUCAAUGAGAUAGUUGAAAUGGCAGAGGGGUUGGGUUACGAGGUGGUCGUCGAAGAAGCAGAUCCAGGAUCUGACAUAGCUCGGAUGGCAGGGAUCGUGAACUCCUGCGACGUGAUGAUGGGCGUGCAUGGCUCCGGUCUCACCCAAAUGGUCUUCCUGCCGCUUAGUGCCACCCUAAUACAGAUCGUUCCAUGGGGUGGGUUGGAAGGGAAGGCGAUGCUGGAUUACGGGAACCCUGCCAAGGAAAUGGGGCUCCACUAUGUGCAGUACAGUAUCACCAUCGAUGAGAGCAGCCUGACGGAGCAAUUUCCAAGAGACCACCCUGUGUUCACGGACCCCAUGUCCUUCCACAGUCGCGGGUUUCAGGUGCUGAGGUCUACGUUCAUGGAUAACCAGAAUGUGAAGCUGGAUGUCAACAAGUUCAGAGAUGUUCUAUGGAAAGCACUCGAGCAUCUAAUCCAGUAGCAGCCAUUUGCUCCUCUUCAAGUUCUUUACGUCAGUCAUGUUCAUCUACUCCCCAUUAGCAGAGUGGAGAGCUUCUUCUUCCUCCAGCCAGUUUUUUCUUCAGUCGGUUUUGUCCUACCUCUGGUGAAGGUCGAGAACAGAAGAAGAUGAUUUCUAAUGUGUGCACCUCGCCUGAAUUGGUGUCUCAGAUCAGUUUAACGUACUCGACCAUGAAGAUGAUUUCUACUGCCCAAUUCUUCUGCAAUCAAAUCUCUGAUGAUAUAUAUAGAGGUUAGAAUAAGAGCGUGCAUCUAUAGUCUGUGUGCAGGAGAGUAAGUUAAUUAAAGUUUGAGUUGGCUACAUCUCAUUCUUCCCCGAAUGAUUUCUGUUUUCACUUCGAUGAUGUGAUCAUCCAUAAUUUAAAUAAUCAGAUCAAUUCUAUGGGAGAAAAUAGUGGUUGAUUCACAAAGUUUAA